CUGCUGUGAAAGAGAUGCUCCCAGCUUCUGUGUGGACUGAACACUUGCGCUUGUGAAAGUAACAGUGCGAACGUGGACUCAAUUGCUCUUUCUUCUAUUGUAAACAAAGCAGACUGCUUUCAUCCAUUGCAACGAGCGACAUGGCUUCAAAAUGUCCGAAGUGCGACAAGACGGUGUAUUUUGCUGAGAAGGUGUCAUCGCUGGGGAAGGACUGGCACAAGUUCUGUCUGAAGUGUGAACGCUGCAACAAGACUCUGAACGCAGGGGGGCAUGCUGAGCACGAUGGAAGGCCCUACUGCCACAAGCCCUGCUAUGCUGCCCUCUUUGGGCCAAAAGGUGUGAACAUCGGCGGGGCGGGCUCCUACGUUUACGAGGCUCCGGUCAACAGCCCGCCUGCCCCCACCGCCGUAGACUCCGCCCCCGACCCGGAGAAGAAGGUGACUGCUGCGCCCACCAGGGCGCUGGUGAAAGCUGCCAGCAUCACCACCUUCUCUGGAGAGGCCAACCUGUGUCCUCGGUGCAACAAGAAGGUCUACUUUGCUGAGAAGGUGACAUCGCUGGGGAAGGACUGGCAUCGUCCCUGCCUGCGCUGUGAGAGAUGCAGCAAGACCCUGACUGCUGGGAGCCAUGCAGAGCAUGACGGUCAACCUUACUGCCACAAGCCGUGCUACGCUGUCCUGUUUGGGCCCAAAGGGGUGAACACAGGCGGAGUAGGAAGCUACAUCUACGAGAAGGAGCCUGGUGCAGUCACUGAGCCCUGAGGAGCCUGAGCCUCGAGACGCACCAUCACCACCUUCCACAGUAUUAGAUUAUUAUAUAUUAUUAUGUUUAUUAUUAGAUAUGUUUUUCUACCCCUCACCCACAGCCCCCCCCCACCCCCCCCCCCCCCCCUCAGCCUCCACCCCAGACCCCACAACCCCAGCGGCUAGCCUCUAGCCCCCAGAACCCCAGCCUCUAGGCCCUCGCCUUCCAGCACCUGUCCUCUCUGCUGGUCUCCCCAGCCCCAGUUUGCCCUCCGACCCCAAAACCAGGAUCAACAGGGAGGACAUUACUGGGCACUAAUCACAUACGCAGUGGCAGGGUAUGAAUAGUCUCCACUACUGCAUAGUAUUGUAUAUAUACAGUACAAAUGAGUACUAAUAUAGUAGUUGGUCGUGUUCCUGAGGUCUGAUUGUCCUCCUGGAUCACCUGCAUGUACUGUUAGAGGCAGAGCUGGCCCAGGACUUUUAUGUCAGUGCUGUGCCCCCCCCCCGCAGCCCCCCCACCCCGCAAACACUGUUACCCCCCCAACACUGAAGAGUCCUCCUUUAUGGCAUCGUAACGGCUUAUGUCAUGUUUACACAUUAAAUCUCACUUGUAGUGAACUGCAAUCAAACCGACUUAUUUUAUUUUCAAUAUAUUUCACGUUGAGAAGCCCUUUUGCUACGGUUCGAUCUGAGGGACUGGGGGUGAGGGGGUGGGAGAGGUGGGAGACGUGCUCUGGGGGUGAGGGGGUGGAGCACUGACAGGAACAUGCUGACAGGUUGAGGAGUCUGGCCUCUGAGACACAUGCUGCAGGUGCUGUUCAGGAGCAGCUACAUAACCAGGAGGGCGUUUAGGACCCACAUGUAUCAUUUGGCUGCCCGUCAACAUUCCUGAUCAAAAAUGACAAUGGGGAAGAAAGAAAAAUCUGGGGUAAAGUAAAAAAAAAAAAACGUCUGGUUAUUAUUUAAAGAGGAUUAUUUCAAGACAUGGGUCUCCUGUUACAGGAUGACAAGCAAUGUUCUGGACCUUGAAAACUGUUAUAUUUGGAUUUUAAUUGAUUUUCUUUGUUCAUUUUGUCUAAAGACAAGAUUUAUUUAUUGGUUUGUUAAGACAAUACCUGGAGCAUUUCAUGAGGCACUGUACUGUGGGAGAAAUGAAGGAAUAAAAGAUGAACAAAUCUCCACAGUAACACGUAUUAUUGGAGCAAGUAUUACCCUGUUGAUCUUUAUUUUCCCCUAUGACGUUGAGUUAUAUGAACCAUUACCUUUUGCCUGUAGAAGGUAGCUUAUAGAACCAUAGAUCAGAACCUAUGCUGACAAAUCAUUCUAGAAGGAAGAAUGUGCUUUAGUAUUCUAUGACUGUUACUGUCGUCGUGGUUAUUAUGAACUAUUCUGUAUAGUGGAACCUUGUUUCAGGACUCACUGUUUGUAGGAAAAACAAGGCUGUACUCAAGUCCUGCUGCUUUGAAUUUGUAAUCCCUAAUAAAACUUUCUAUACUGUU